AUGCCGGAUCACCGCGACCUCCGCGUGACCUUCGACAAGGUGGAUGCGCCCAGCGACAUCAAGAAGAAGUCGGAAGGAGAGAAGGAGCUCAUCGACCUCCGCCCCAUGAAUGGCGGCUUCCCCAUCUUCGACCAGGGACACCUCGGAAGCUGCACAGCAAACGCUUUGGCAGCUGCCUUCCACUUCACUCUGCACAAGAUGACGGUGGAGAAUCACAAGGACUUCGCCGACUUCACCCCUAGCCGGCUGUUCAUCUACUACAACGAGCGCUUGGUGGAGGGCAGCGUGAACCAAGAUGCCGGUGCGAUGAUCCGUGACGGCAUCAAGGUGAUGUCCAAGGUUGGCGUUUGCCCGGAGAGCGUCUGGAAGUACGAUGAUGGCCCCAACUUCUUCAAGCAGCAGCCAGAUGACAAGGCCUACGAGACGGCGCAGAAGUGCAGGGUCAUGGGCUACGCCCGCGUGGCACAGGACCUGACCCAGUUCAAAGCGUGCCUAAAGAACGGCUACCCCUUCGUCUUCGGUUUUGCCGUCCUGUCAAGCUUCCAGACAGCGGAGGUUGCCAGGACCGGCAAGAUGGUGAUGCCCCAGGCGACUGACCAGCAGCUGGGUGGGCACGCCGUGUGCGCCGUGGGCUACGACGACUUCCAGCAGUGCUUCAUCGUCCGCAACUCCUGGGGAGAGGGGUGGGGCGACAAGGGCUACUUCUACAUGCCAUACGAGUACAUGUGCCAUCCGGCUCUUGCCUCCGACUUCUGGGCCAUCAACUGGGUUGAGGGCUUCAAGAACACCAGCAGCAUGUCAGAGAGUGGCAAGUUGCAGGUGCCGAGACAUCCGGGUGCCGUGUCCCUUCCAUUGCGCACGAACAUGAAGUUCGGGUGGAGACCGGACAUGCCAGACCACCGCGACCUGCAUGUGGCCUUCGACAAGGUGGAUGCACCCAGCCACAUCAAGAAGAAGACCGAGGGAGCGAAGGAGCUCAUCGACCUCCGCCCGAUGAACGGCGGCUUCCCCAUCUUCGACCAGGGACACCUCGGCAGCUGCACAGCAAACGCUUUGGCAGCUGCCUUCCACUUCACUCUGCACAAGAUGACGGUGGAGAAUCACAAGGACUUCGCCGACUUCACCCCCAGCCGGCUGUUCAUCUACUACAACGAGCGCUUGGUGGAGGGCAGCGUGAACCAAGAUGCCGGUGCGAUGCUGCGUGACGGCAUCAAGGUGAUGGCUAAGGUUGGCGUUUGCCCAGAGAGUGUUUGGAAGUAUGAUGACAAGCACGACUUCUUCAAGCAGCAGCCGGAUGAUAAGUCCUACGAGCUGGCGCAGAAGUGCAAGGUUAUCGGCUAUGCUCGCGUGGCGCAGGACCUGAGCCAAUUCAAGAUGUGCAUCAAGAGCGGCUACCCCUUUGUCUUCGGCUUCGCCGUCCUGUCAAGCUUCCAGACAGCGGAGGUUGCCAGGACCGGCAAGAUGGUGAUGCCCCAGGCGACUGACCAGCAGCUGGGUGGGCACGCCGUGUGCGCCGUGGGCUACGACGACUUCCAGCAGUGCUUCAUCGUCCGCAACUCCUGGGGAGAGGGGUGGGGCGACAAGGGUUACUUCUACAUGCCCUACGAGUACAUCUGCCACCCUUCCCUGGCCCACGACUUCUGGGCCAUCAACUGGGUCGACGGCUUCAAGAACGCAAGUACAGACCAGUCCCGGUUGCACGACCACUUGGCUAUCCCCGGAGGGGUCUGCUGGAUGGUCGUAGUGCAGUUGCAGAUCAAGCCGCGGGAAGGGGGCGAGUCCAUUGCCGGAUCCAGCGAUGCAUUCCAAGUCAUGCCGCAGGAACUGGUCAUUUCUCCACACGACUCCCGGCAGAUCCAGGUGAAGUUUACGCCCACUCACCUGGCCAGCUUCGGCGCGUUGUUGGAGGCCGUGGUGCCUCAAGGCACGGAUCCCCACACCAACUACCUAUCCUUCGAACUGCGGGGGGAUGGCGCAGUGCCUUCCGUAUCGCUUCAGGGUCCUCGCCUGUUCGGCGAUGAGGGCGGUGAGCUGGCCAUGGGCAAGCUCUCCCUGGGAAGGACCAACGAAGUGCAGAUGGCUCUGCGCAACGACGGGCUGUUGCCCGCCACGGUUCGUAUCGAGCAUGCGCAGUCGCCCAACUUCACCGUCGCCUGUCCAUCCAGCGUUUCCUUGAACAAGGGCGAAGGCCGAAAUUUCCAGGUCCGCUUCCAUCCCAAGGCGAUCGGAAAGGUGGAGUCCGACCUUGGCAUCCGGACGCUGGGAAAUCCCUUUGAGGACGUCACCAUCCAGCUCCAAGGCGAAGGCUUCAGCAGCGAGGUCUGCUGGGAGCUCACGGAGAUCCGCCGCGCCGGCGGCAUCUUCGGCAUGCGCGGCAAGCUGGAGCCACGGCAAGACUAUUGCCCGCCAUCGCCUGACGAACUGGACCUUGGUGAGGUGCCCGUGGGUGAGGAGGUCACCGUGAGCUGGAAGCUGACCAACAGCUCGGCGGAGAACAUCCGCUUUGAGUUCCCUGCGCAGCUGCCUGCGGCCUUGGGUGACUUGAAGGUGUCCCCGACCAGUGGCUUCGUGGCGCCGAAGAGCCAGGGAGUGGUCUCUUUGACUUUCAAGGCUGACAAGCAGCUCUCCGCAGACAAGGAAACCAUCGCGUGCAAGGUUGUGAACGUGACCUUCCCCGAGGAUGCCGAGGGCGCAGGUGACGAGGAGCCUCCAGCAGAACGGAAGUUUGAAGAGGUCGCGGGCUCCGCCUUCGAGAUGCCUCUCCAGGUCUCCGUCCUGGCUGACGAGCCGCGGCUCGAGCCCGACAUCGAGGACAUCAACUUCCUCCCGACUGCCAUGUUCUGCUCCAAGGUCUACCGCUUCGUGCUCAAGAACCCUUCACUGCUCAGCGUGCCUUUCGAGUGGAAGGUCCAGGUGCUCUCCGGCAGGUUUGGUUGCGAGGGAGGGGAGGUUGCAUGCAGGGGCUUGGGUGGGGUGUGCUACAACUUCGCGUGGGUAACGCAACGCAUUCGCAGGUGGCUAAGCGGCAACCACUCCACUGACUAUGGGAAAGGCAUGGCCUACUUCACACCUAGCUACACCUGCAUACCUGUGAGGCCACCACAAGCAUUAUUACGCUUCAGCAUGGGUUGCUCAGAGGCCUAA